AUGACAACGUAUUUCGAUCGUUUACCAGUAGAAUUACUUCACAUGAUCUUUCAAUUCCUGUCCGAUUGUGAUGUUAUAUGGUCAUUUUUUUAUGUUAGUCCUUAUUUAAAUGCUGUUGUAAACAAUUACAAUUAUCAAAAAAUAAAUUUUCAAUCGAUUUCGAAAACACGUUUUGAUUUUGUUUGUAAUCAUUUGAAUUUACCGAACAUUAUAUCAUUGACUCUAUCCAAUGAUUCAGAAACACCCGGUCAAGUUGAACUGUUUUUCAAUCGAUUUAAUCUUCAAGAUUUCAUUAGCCUUCGAGUUCUUACAAUUAUAUCUGUAACUAAUGAAGAUAUAAAUCCUAUACUAUCUGAUUUACCUAAACUUCCACAUCUUACUUCCUUAAUUACAGAAUGUCGAUCCGAUCAACCUUUGUUACUUGGUCAAGUAUUGAAUCAAUUGAAGUCUCUUCAACAUCUUUCAGUCUCAUAUGGAGAUAUAUUUGAUCAUAAUGUUGCAUUGCCAUUACGUAAUUUGAAAGAAUUAAAUGCUGGUAUUUGUAAUUUUUUGGAAUUACGCCGUCUACAAAUGAUUGUACCGGCUCUUGUUUCACUUAAAAUAAAUCUUCAGGCAAAUCAUCAAUUACAAUUAUUGUCUGAUUCAGAUAUUUGGUCGUCGUUACAACGACUUGAUCUUACUUUAAACCACGAAACAACGAUAACAUUUACUGAAAUUCAACCGCUUCUAUAUCGUUUUCAUAAGUUAACACAUUUAACAUUAAAUGUUCGAGGAUCAGCAGAAAAUCUAGCAAAUGGAUAUCUUUGGGAAACUUCUUCUACAAUAAUCCGACUGCGCACUUUUCAUUUUAUCAUUGAAUUCGACCAUCAUCCAUUAAUCGAUCAAAGUGAAUUAGUUGAUGAAAUUUUUCGAAGCUUCUCUACACCAUUUUGGCUGGACAUUAAAAAAUGGUAUAUAUUCAUUACAACACAUGGUAUUUAUACAAUAUCUUGCUAUGAUGAACAAGCAUUUAUUCUUCCAACUUUUCCACCAUUAUCUACGUCACCUGAUUAUAAGUGGUUUUAUUCGAAAACUAAACGAAUAAAACUUGAUAAUAAUAUUUUAUUAAAGAAUCUAAAUAAAUUUUAUAAUCUUGAACGACUUGAUCUCUCUGAUGAACAUCUGCUUUCAUCUAUUGAUAAUAUCAAUCAAUUUAUUCAUCUUCGUCAUUUAGUCAUUCAUAAAAAUAUUUCUAAUAAAAUUCUUGGUGAUAUGCUUUUACAUAAUCCACACAUUAAUCAUCUUACAAUCUCACAAAAUAAUUUUAAUCAAUUAUUUCCAUUUAAAACUAUUCGUUAUUUACAUAUUCAAAAUACAAUUAAAAUAAAAAAUCGAACACAAAUCAAACAAAUUUCUAAGAUAUUUCCGUCGAUUCGGCGAUUGUUUAUACAUGUGAGUUCAAUGAGAUUAAUUUAUCAAAUCAUUAAUGGUUUUCAACAUCUUGACAAUGGUGUAUUUGAAUGUCAAGAGAAGAUUCAAUUCAUGUUGCCAGAGUGGUUAAAGGGAAAUACACGUCUAAAGCAUAAUACAUGUUCAUUUACAUGGAGAAGGGAACAGAACAAAUUUUUAUUAUGGAUUAAUGAUUCGAUCGAACCAAGUGUGCCGUCUAACAAUGACAUAGAAGAUAGUUCUAAUGUUAUUGAAGAACAGCGUUCAGAUAAAUGUUCAUUGCAAUGA